AGUGCGGCGGAAGUGACGUGUGAAGAUGGCGUCGGUUUCAAACGGUUUCGGGACGAGUCGCACCGAUGAGUCAGAAACAGAAAGGAGGAGCAGACAGGAAACAGGAGGAGAAACCAGGAGGAGGAAGGAGCCGAGGAGAUCCAGGGAGGAGGGCGGCGGCAGAAGGAGGAGAAGAGUCGAGGAGGCUGAGGUGGAGAAUCAACCAGCUGGAGAAGGAGAAGCUGAAGCUGAGGAGCAGCUACAACCAGGAGGUGUGCCAUUUGCAGGCGGAGCUGACCCGCCUCCGGGCCUCGGUGGAGCAAGGUGAGGCUCAGAGGGCGGAGCUUCAGUACCAGCUGACGGCGAGCCGCAGAGACGGCGAGCGUGUGGUCGAACUGAGCAGAGACAGACGGACGCUCACAGAGCAGACGGCCGAGCUGCAGCAGACCAUCUGCGAGCUGCAGAAAGCUCUGCGCGUCACGCGGCAGGCCCGGGAGGAGGACCAGCAUGCUUUGCAGCAGGAGGUGGAGGAGCGCACCCGGCUGAUGGAGAGCUUCUGCUCUGAGAACCAGCACCUGCACCGACUGCUGCAGAACCAGGAGGAGGCGCUGGAGGAGGUUGAGAGGAGGGCGGCCGAGGUGCAGGAGGAGAACAGACGACGAGCCAAGGAGCUGGAGCUCCUGUUGGAGGAGAAGGAGAGGAGGCGCAGGGAGAAGGAGCUGGUGGAUCAGAACCUCGAAGAGGAGCGAGAUGCUCACCUGGAGACCAAACGCAGCCUGGAGCUCCUGCAGCUGCGGGGGCGGGACCUGGAGGCGGAGCGGUCCGACCGGCAGGAGGCGCAGGUCAGCCUGGAGCUGCUGCGAGCUCACCUCAGGGAGAUGGACAGAGCCUACGGCCUGGAGAGGGAGAGGAGCGGCAGCGCUCUGCAGCGGCUGCAGGAAGACUUCGCUCAGCGUCAGGCUGACAUGACCGUCGCCUUGGAAACCGAGAGGAAGGCGACCUCUGACCUGUCAGAAAGACUGGAGGAAGAGAAGAGAGGACACGCCCACACACACGCCUUGCUGCAGCAGGCAGCUGAGAGGCAGUCGGACUCAGAGGAGGUCUUUCUGAACCUCGUGAACCAGAUCAGACAAACGCUGCAACAACACAGGAGCACAGGUGAACAGCUGGCACAGCCUGCAAAGCAUGAUGGGAAACAAAGUCCCGCUGAGGUCCUGCAGCUGCUGACCAUGACCCUGAACUCGUACCAGAACAGACUGGAAGACUCGACCCAGCAGGUCCAGGAUCAGCUGUUAGCAGCAGAGAAACUCCAGGAGGAGAACCGACUCCUCCAGCAGCUGAUCUCACAUCAGAAGAGACAAGUUGAGCUGUGUCAUUCUCAGAGCGACUCUCACAGGGAGCGCGCCUCCUCCUUGGAGCGCCGCUGCUCCUCUCUGACCUCUGACCUCGCCCGGCUCCAGGGCCUCCUCUCCAGAAGCUGUCAGGAGUCUUCCUCCUUCUUCUCCGCCUGCGGCCUCCUGUGUGGAGCUCUGAAACAUGCCCACCGCUGUCUGAGCGCGCUCUGUGAGCAGAAACGGCUCCUGUCCAGGCAGCUGAAGGAGAAGGAGUUGCUGGAGGAGGAGGUCAGGAGGUUAGCUGAGGCAUUCAGAGGAGAGGAGGAAGAGGAGGGAAGAGGAAGGAGGGCGUUGAGGCGGUGGAGGAGGAGUGUGUGUGCAGUGCUGGCGAUGAGGAGGUGGUGUUCUCUGAGCAGAAGGACCACCGUGUUGUUUCAUGUGGACAGAGGAGGAGGCAGGAUCUGUGUGUGUGGAGACUCAUCUACGGCAACACAGAAGGGUCAAGCUGAUCCUCAGACAGAUGAAGCUGCUGAAGGUGUGUGUGCUCGCUGGCUUCGCUCUGAACGGCUCUCCUCCAUCAUCCUGUCCUCCAUGUGUGACCUGCAGGGGGCGCUCGCUAACACCGGCUCCUCAAGUCCAGUGAUCUCAGCUGCUCAGUCAGGCUUGUCCCGCCUCCUGGAUCAUCUCCUGGACCAAUCAGCUUACAGUAUUUCCUCUGACAGCGCAGAGGAGGACUUCUUGAGGAGACUGACACCUCGACAGCUGGACUCAAAGACCCUGGUGUCGGCCCUCCAGCAGCAUUUCCUGCUCUUCAGUCAACGUCUUCACUCAGCCGAGGUGGAGAGGCGGAGCCUGAGGCUGGAGGUGGCCAAUCUGCAGAGAGCACUGCGACGUGAAAAAGAUCAGACGGUUCCCUCCGAGCGUUUCCACAGUGUGUGUGAGGAGCUCCGUCAGGCUCUGACCAGGGAGCAGGAGGUCCAGAUGUUGAUGAAGGAACAGUCCAAACAGCUUCACACCCUGCAGGACCGAGUGGACAACAAGUCCUCGGAGGAGACAGAAACACAACACACACUGACCCACACCACCCAGGCCCUGUUGGACACUCGAAAAGAGGUGAGUCGGAAGGAGCGCUCCCUGAGGAUUCUGGGUAAGCACCUAUCGGAGGUUCAGAAGGAGAGGAGGCAGCAGGAGGAGCAGCUGCAGCGAGCCGAGGAAGAGCUGAGAGAUGCUGCAAGACCGUGUCAGUCGUGA